AUGUUGCUGCUGUCUCUGUGUGUGUGGACAUCGCUCCUCGCCUGUCGACAGCCAGGAUACGAGGCCGAGGAGACCAUCAAGCGCAUCAAGAGCCACAAGGGCGUGCAGGCCGUGCUCAUCGUGAACCAGGAGGGCGUGCCCAUCUACUCGAGCACGAGCGACGAGGAGUUCGCCAUGGACCACGCCGCGCUGAUCUCGCAGCUGGCGGCCAAGGCCAAGUCCACGAUCCGCACGCUGGACCCGACCAACGACAUGACUUUCCUGCGCAUCCGCUCCAAGAAGCACGAGAUCAUGAUCGCACCAGACAAGGAGUACGCGCUGAUCGUGAUCCAGAACCCGAACCCGGGCGCCGAGCUGGACAACAACGACGCCAACAACUAAUGCACUUAGGAUACCGCCUACAAACACGUUUAAUAUCACUCAACCGUCUUCACUCGA